AUGUUUGCACAACAAUUGAGUGCAAAACAAGAAAAGUUUUCUAAUGGUAAUGAUGAUCUAACCGAAUUGACCUGGUUAACAGAAACAGAUAUUCUACGACGUCCACCAUCGUCGAAAGUACAACCCAUAUUAAGUAAAAGUUUACCAACCUAUUCUCUCAAACAAUUAGCGGAUCAAACGAUACGUGUUCAUGACGAUAUUCUCUCAUCUGAUAGCGAAGAAACCGAUACAUAUUCAACAUCGUCAUUGAAUUCAUCGAGUGAACAUGUUGUAACGAAUGAAAAUGAAUAUUUAUCUAAACCUUCAUCUACUGUUGCUGUAUCACCUCCACAUUCUGCCUUAUGUUUUUGGAUAUUAUUUGCUAUAGAAGAUUCAAAAAAUCAUGCGUUAACACUCAAUGAAAUAUGCGAAUGGAUUGAACAAAAUAUUGAACAACAAUCUCUUACAUCUACUAAUUCAUCGUCUACAAACUCAACCGAUGAGAUAUUAAUAAAAAACGCUCGAUUAAAAAGUAAAAUACGUUAUCACAUGACGAAACAAAUAUCUUUUUUUCUUAAAAUAACAAAAGAUCCUUUAACAGGUAGUAAAUUACGAUAUCCAUUAUGGACAGUAGACACUACAAGACGUUUACUAUUAUUAGAGACGUUAAUAACAAUGAAUGAUAAACAAUUAUCAUUGAACAGUGAACACACAAAAGAUAUUUAUACGAGGUUGUCGAAUGAACGAAAACGUAUUUUAUCUAGACAUAAACAGACAAACAAUUCAACGGAACAAGAUCAACAUGUGUCAUCAACAAGUGAAUUAACAACCAAAAAAAUCAAAAAAUCCAGAAUAAUUACACCAAAAGAAACACUUUCUACAGAUGAGAAAGAGUUGACAGAUGAAAAUAUGUGUCCGAAAAGACGAAAAGAAAGAGUGUCUUCACCGCCAACAUCGAUAACUACUAAACGAGAAAAAGUUCAUCAUUUACAAACAACAGAAGACACAGCUCAUUUACCGACAAAAAAACGUUCACGUGCAAAUUCAAAUACAGAUGGUGAUAUGGUCGAUGCUGCCAUGACCUUAUUACUACUAAAAAUGGGAUCAUGA